AUGUCUGUGUGUUAAUACUACUAUGUGCAUGGGUGUGUUUUUUCCUUCUUCUAUUUUCUCCCCCUCUCUCUGCUAAGCAGGUCAGAGUUGUUUACUACUGACAUUUAUUUCUUCAUAUGUCUCAGGCAGCAGAAUAGUUUUCUUGCUGCCUUGGCAUUUCUCCUCAGCAUGCUUCAUUAGCUUUUUAUUAUAAAGCAAUAUGGAGAAAUAUCCUGCAGCGGGUUUAGAGCAGACUGAGAGUGUGUGAACUUAAACAUUGUCAAUCAGAUCCAGAGUCAUCUCAGAUCAGUUUGGGAGGAGCACAAACCUAUCAAGAAGCCUUUUAUCUUCAUCUCAGUGCUGUUUUCUUGAUACGUAUCCAAGUGAUGGUAGACAGACGACUUGAUUAAGCGUCGGAGAUUAAAUAUGAUCACUGGAACAUUGGCAAUCUGUCUGCUGUAUAUAAAUGCAACAACAGUCGUCGUUUUGGGAACAAACUGUGAACACAACAUUGACAUGUGUCGUCUUUUAAUAUAUAAUGAUAUAGCUCAUAUAUGUCCUUGUUUUUUUCCAUCAUUUCUAUCCAAUGCAACACCGUACUCUCCAAGUUAUAUUUGCUAAGAUUUGGUAAAAUAGCAACAUCAUAAAACAAGUCUUUCUGCAGUCAGAAGAUCAGACUGGUUAGAAACAAUCUCCAGGUUAGACAAACCACCAACGGUAAACAUCAUCACAGUGUACACACUUCCACCUAGGAUAUGUACACACCGAUUCCCUGUGCAAUGAGGGAUUAUUAGUUACAUUGCAGGUGUGUCACUUUCAGUUUGACCUCCAGAAGAACUGGUUCAGCUUAUAUGGAUAAAUAGACAGUGUCACCAGAUCUCAGAGCUAUUGGCUUAUAGCCUAGAGUGUAUUUCAAAUGAUAAAGAUAACAAUAAGGCUGAGCUCUAAUGAACUGGAAUCGUCUCGUAAAAGGAACUUUGACCAUUUGUAAAUUCCAGUGCGGACAGAACGUGAAAGGGAGCCUGGGCUUCUGGCUACAGCAGGCCCGUGGUUGAGUUACAGAAAGACAUCAGCCCAUUUAUUCACAAGAUGAAUCUAAAAGGAAGACUGUAUGGCAAUGUCAUGAGCACAUUAAUAGCGUUAGAUUUUCCUGUCCUUUACUGCCACCCUCAGGACAAAGUGUGCAUUUUCACCACAAGGGAAGUCUAUAAGAAUAGUAAAAUCAUCAUCCUGUUGUUGUUCAGCAUUUUUUAUGUGAUCCUCUACAGCCUCAUUUUCCACACACACGAGGAUAUACUGUGUGGUUGAUAUCGGUGCGUCCAACCCCAGUUCAGAACUCUGUAUUUUCUGGCUCAACUAACUGCCAUGAUAACUGAAAUCCAGGCUUUCAAAUUUGCCUUCAGAAGCCCAUGGGGGACAUCCUUUAUAUUUUGUGUUACUCUUCUAUAUAUCUUCCAUUGUGUCUGUCCUUCUAGGUUCCCAGCUACUCGUUGGCCAUCAGAGCUCUGGACAGUGGAAUCCCACCCAUGUCCUCCACUGUGAUGGUCAACAUAGACAUCUCUGACAUCAAUGACAACCCGCCCACGUUCUCCCCGGCCAACCUCACUACUGUCAUACAGGAAAACAAGCCCAUCGGCACCAGCAUCCUGCAGUUGUCUGUCAACGAUCAGGACUCCUCACACAAUGGCGAGCCCUUUGACUUCCGCAUCGUGUCAGGAAAUAAAGGCGGAGAGUUUGUGCUGGAGAAAGAUGGAACGCUGGUGGCCAAUCAAGUGUUCAGGAGGGACCUGGCAACUGAAUAUGCUAUUAUGAUCCAGGUCACAGACUCGGGGAAGCCUCGUCUGUCCUCCUCCUCCAUGCUAACAGUCAGGGUGAUUGAGGAGAGCCUUCACCGGCCCGUGACCUUUCCACUGGAGGUUCAUAUCGUCACUAUGGAGGACGAGUUUCCAGGUGGUGUGAUUGGCCAGCUGCAUGCCACCGACGCUGACCCCUAUGACGUGCUGACGUUUGGCCACGCCCCCCCAGCCCAGCGUAGUCUCUUUAAGAUCAGUCCUCGUGAUGGUAAAAUCAUCGCCCUGGGCGGGUUGGACGCAGGCAGGUACUCCCUCAACGCCAGCGUUAGUGAUGGACGCUUCGCCGUACCCGUGCCUGUGAGCGUGCACGUGGAGCAGGCGACACCGGAGAUGCUGCGUGAGGCGGUUACUGUGCGCUUUGAGAGCGUGGCACCACAAGACUUUGUGGGGCUGCACCUGAAGAGCGUGUCGAAGGUUCUGCGGCAGGCCGCUGCAUCACAGCAGCGGGACACGCUGCACCUGCUCAGUCUGCAGCCAGUCGGCGGAACGCAACAACUGGACAUGCUCAUUGCUGUGGAAACAGCAGCGGGCGGGUACUACAAGGCGGCUUACCUCACCCAGAAACUGAGCGCAUCACGCCGGCAGCUAGAGGAGGUCCUCAGAGUGUCGGCUAUCCUAGAUAAGAACUGCUCUGGACUGGAGUGUCGCGGGGCGCAGUGUGAACAGAGCAUCAUCCUGGACUCGCACAGCCUGGCUACCUACAGUACACCACGGGUCAGCUUUGUUUCACCACGCUUCCACCGGACCUCGCGCUGCACGUGCAACGGUGAGUGAUAGUAUUUUUUAUUUAGUGUGUUCCACAUCCACAUUAAUAUGUUUCCGUUUAAACCCGGGGUUUUCAGACGAAAACGAAAUGAUUUCCGUCCAUAUUAACAGGCCUAAAAAUCAGUAGAUUACAGAAAGUAUUACUAUACUCUUUAAUACUAAAAGGUCGUGCUUGAUACAUAAGAUUGUCCUCUAUAAUCUUUGGGGCCGACCGUGGCUCACUGGGUUAAGAGGGUUGUUUCAGUGGCGGGCCGUGCAUUUUAUACCUAGGCCUU